AUGGAGAGUCGUUUACUUCUCGCUUUGCUGGGUUGCCUUAUAUUGCCGGUCUUGACCAUUAAGAUAGGCAUUUCCCACGACACAAAUGACACGGCGAAUCCGACGCGAUCUACUCGAUUAGAAUCCCUAUCAACCACACCUCUUCCAGAGUCCAAUGAUGCCAUCAGUUCUGCUAGUCCAAUGCCAGAGAUCGCCAGUUCCCCAAGCAAUUCGUUUCCUCCGCGCCCCCAAAAUAGAGCCAGGACCACGUCGAUUCCAGCAACCAGGACAACGAAGGCCUCCAUCGCGAAAACCACUGAAGCACCUUCUUCAAAGCCGAUCCCCAGUCACCCUCCUAACUACUACUGCUCCUGCGAUAUCCAGGCCGGUAAGUGCAACCUCAAUUGCUGUUGUGACCACGAUUGCAACUCCGAGGUCCAAAAGGUCUUUAGCUGUCUCUCAAGCACGACCUCACCUGAAGUUCAGGCCAAGCUGGAAGACUUUCAGUACAACCACGGUCUGCCCUCCUGCGAAAUCAACGAUGGAUGGCUGUGUGUCUUUCGCAGUAAUUUGAAACCAAAUAAUGUUCCACCCUUAAUCUUGAACCUCAAUGCCGAGUCGCAAAGAAAAUGGCCGGAUCUGGAAGCCUAUGAUAGCAAUCCCAUAGAGACCCGAUCUUCCAACUUGUACUACAAGUUUGGAGAGCCCCUUCAACUCUGGGGGCCGGAAAAUAAUGAACUGACUACCCUAGAACUCCCAAUAUCCUAUGAAAGCUCACAGUGCAAACUGAAGCAAGCCGUCCGACACCUGCAAUCAGUAUCUAGUCACUGUCGGAUGAAGGAUUCCAAUGAGUUGCAGGAAAGUCUCUGGAAUAUUAUGAAUUUUACCAGCUUCCGCCAAUUACUAGGCAAACCACGAGAUCCAGAGGAACCAGAACACGAUGGAAUAACAAUACAAGUCUGCCAAAAGGAUGUUGGUGGCAAAGUGGUUUGUGAGAAGCAGGGAAAUGAAACCCAAUUGGAUGUUUUGCCGAAAGCUCUGGAACUGCAGUUUGUCCACAAUUUUACAAACAUUUUAGAGGCCAAGCUCGUUAUUACCAGGGCUUCAUGGACAGAGGAUGAAAACGAUCCCAUUUGGCUAACCUAUGGAGCAACUUUUAUCUCCGUAAACGAACUUAUCGCCAAACCCACUUCAGGACCACUUGGGUACCUUCCCAGGUCUCCGCUAAUUGUCUCAAAGAGUGUGCCUCUUAAUAGUAGUGGGGAUCAGCAGGUUCUAAGCUAUUUUCAGGAUACGAAUGAUUUUCAUUGGCUUCCGUUGCUGACACGCAAGCCGAAGAGCAGGAUCUGUCAAAGGAUACUAAACGAAGAGCAAGCCCUUCGAUUUGGCGUAAAUCUACAAAAGGAGUGCCAACUUUCCAAGGCUGCCCCUCUACUCCAGGAAACUGCCAACCAUACUGAGUAUUGCCAAGAGAUGCAGUCGGAGAUCUGGACCAUGUUACUACCCCACAAUGUAACCCACCUGGACGAUAUUGGCCAGGUUUACAUCUCACAGAUGGGCAAACCAAAACCAAACAAGUGGCUACCCAUACAGCUGCACUAUCCAGGAAAUGUCAACGAAGUACCUCACGUACAUGGCGUCUACGAUGAUCAGCAGCAAAGCCUGAGUUGUCGCAACAUCUUCCUGAGCGUGAAGUACGAGUUUCAUGUGGCCGAGAUGACAUUACUGGAUGGAGCAGCCACUUAUCAAAAUGUCCUGCAUCACGCUAGCCUGGUGCUUGGACAGCGGCACGAUCUGGAGUUCGAUGCUAGCGAACAGCAAGUGGAACUGCCUCUGAGCAUAUCCGUAAUGUUCUACAAUAUGCAGAAGAAAGUAUCUAUUAAUGGGGCACAGCUUUACGUUAGAAAUAACUUUUUGCCAAUCGUCUUUAUUUAUUGGAUGAUUAACUUUAUUUAA